GAUCUGAAAUUGGAGAAUUUGUUACUGGACAAAGAUGGUCAUAUCAAGCUUACAGACUUUGGUUUGUGCAAGGAAGACAUAGGGUUCGGCUCUACCACAAAGACCUUCUGUGGAACUCCCGAAUAUCUUGCACCCGAACUUCUUCUGGACAAUGAUUACGGUCGCUCAGUAGACUGGUGGAGUCUGGGAGUUGUUAUGUAUGAGAUGAUGUGCGGUAGACUUCCCUUCUACUCCAACGAGCAUGAAAUUCUCUUCGAGCUUAUUCUCCAAGAAAGUGUAAAGGUGCCGGAGAAUCUGAGUCAGGUAGCAAGGGACAUUCUCAUUCGCCUGUUGAUGAAGGAUCCAUCUGAACGCCUGGGUGGUGGUAAAGCAGACGUUAUUGAGGUCAUGAUGCAUCCCUUCUUCGAAUCUAUCUCCUGGGAGAGUCUCAUUCGCAAGUAA